CCCACACUCCUUUUAGUGAUUGUUCUUUCUUAUUCAUAGUCAAUGCGUGCCUCUGCUCUUUCACUGGUCAAUUUGACUGUUCGCAAUUCGCUAUAUAUACGGCCAGCCCUUCGCAGGUUCCCUAUUCAGCGGCGCGGCUUCACCGAUAGCAACCUGCCCUAUCGAGCUCUUUCCAAGACAACGACAACAUUAUCUUCCAACCGGCCACAACUUUCAAUUGCCAGCAAUAUAAUCAAAGCUACCUCGGCCAGACACUGCUCCUACCGACGUCACGAAAUGUGCAAACUACACGGAGAAAGCGCUGUGGGAAGUGUUGUGGACGUUACACAGGGAAGAGAGAUCUUGCCCGCGAAUGUUAUCCCAAGACACUACCAUUUGACACUCGAGCCAAACUUCAAGGACUUCACCUAUGAGGGGCAUGUCAUUAUCGACUUGGACGUCGCGGAGGACACCACCUCUGUUUCGCUCAACACCUUGGAGCUGAAUAUCAAGAGCACCAAGGUGAUCUCUGGGGACCAGACGAUUACGUCAUCCCCCGAACUAUCAUACAAUGAAUCGACACAGACGACCAAGGUUGCGUUCAAAGAGGUGAUCCCAGCUGGUAGCAAGGCACAGCUCGAGAUGACCUUCACGGGCGAGCUUAACGACAAGAUGGCUGGUUUCUACAGAUCAUCAUACAAGAACAAGGAUGGAUCGACUGGCAUACUCGCAACGUCUCAAAUGGAGCCCACGGACGCCCGGAGGGCCUUCCCAUGUUUCGACGAGCCAGCGCUGAAGGCUGCCUUCACCAUUACGCUUAUGGCGGACAAGAACCUUACCUGCCUGAGCAACAUGGAUGUUGCCUCGGAGAAAGAGGUAACGUCGGAGAUUACGAAGACUACCAAGAAGGCUGUCACCUUCAACAAGUCGCCAUUAAUGUCCACAUACCUAUUGGCGUUCAUCGUUGGAGAGCUGAACUAUAUCGAGACCGACAAGUUCAGACUGCCAGUUCGUGUCUACGCUCCCCCUAACCAGGAUAUCGAGCACGGCCGCUUCUCCUUGGAGCUUGCUGCCCGCACUCUGGAGUUCUACGAGAAGACAUUCGACAGCGAAUUCCCACUGCCAAAGAUGGAUAUGGUUGCCAUUCCAGAUUUCGCUGCUGGUGCUAUGGAGAACUGGGGUCUCAUCACCUACCGUGUCGUCGAUGUGAUGUUUGACGAGAAGACCAGCGGUGCUGCCACCAAGGAGCGUGUUGCGGAGGUUGUCCAGCACGAGCUUGCCCACCAGUGGUUCGGAAACCUGGUUACCAUGGACUUCUGGGACGGACUAUGGCUUAACGAGGGAUUUGCUACCUGGAUGUCGUGGUACUCGUGCAACAUCUUCUUCCCAGAGUGGAAGGUGUGGCAAGGAUAUGUUACCGACAACCUUCAAAGCGCCCUUGGUCUCGAUUCUCUGCGUAGCAGUCAUCCUAUCGAGGUCCCUGUCAAGCGCGCUGAUGAGGUUAACCAGAUCUUCGAUGCUAUUUCGUACUCGAAGGGUUCUUGCGUUCUGCGCAUGAUUUCUACUUACCUUGGUGAGGACGUAUUCAUGGCGGGCAUCAGACUUUACCUCAAAGAGCACGCCUAUGGCAACACUCAAACUGGUGACUUGUGGGCUGCGUUGAGCACUGCCAGCGGCAAGGAUGUCCGGAAGGUCAUGGACAUUUGGACCAAGAAUGUUGGAUACCCUGUUAUCACCGUGACCGAGAAUGACGACAAGAGCAUUCACGUCAAGCAGAACCGCUUCCUUCGCACAGCUGAUGUGAAGCCAGAGGAGGACCAGAUCCUCUACCCUGUCUUCCUCAGCCUUCGCACCAAGAAUGGCAUUGAUGAGACUCUGACCCUCACUGAGCGCGAGAAGUCUUUCCCCCUUGCUAGCAACGAUUUCUUCAAGCUUAACGCCGACCACACCAACAUUUACCGCACAUCUUACACGCCAGAGCGCCUUAAGAAGCUCGGUGAGGCUGCCAAGGGUGGUCUCCUGACCGUCGAGGACCGUGCUGGCAUGAUCGCAGAUGCUGGUGCACUUGCGACAUCCGGAUACCAGAAGACUUCGGGUGUCCUGAACUUGCUUAAGGGCUUUAACAGCGAAACCGAGUUUGUUGUAUGGAAUGAAAUCAUCACCAGACUUGCUGCUAUCCAAGGCGCAUGGGUCUUUGAAGACCCGAAGGUCAAGGAGUCGAUCGAAGCCUUCACCAGAGAGCUCGUGAGCGAGAAGGCCCACAAGGCCGGCUGGGAAUUCAAGGAGUCUGAUGGCCACAUUGAGCAGCAGUUCAAGGCCAUGCUCUUUGGUAGUGCUGGUCUUGCCGGCGACAAGGUUAUCAUUGACGCCGCAAAGGACAUGUUUGCCAAGUUCUCCAAGGGUGACCACUCUGCCAUCCACCCCAACAUUCGUGGUAGUGUCUUCGCCAUGGCCCUGAAAUACGGCGGUGCCGAGGAGUACGACACCAUCCUCGGCGUCUACCGCAACUCGGUCAACACUGACGAGCGCAACACCGCCCUCCGCUCUCUCGGCCGCGCCAAGAACCCCGAGCUCAUCCAGCGCUCCCUCGCGCUAUCCAUCAGCGACGAGGUCAAGGAGCAGGAUAUAUACAUGCCCAUCAGCGCGCUCCGCACCCACCCCGACGGCAUCAACGCGCUGUUCGAAUGGAUGACUGUGAACUGGGACGAGCUGGCCCGCCGCCUCCCGGCAGGCCUCUCCAUGCUCGGCUCCAUGGUCUCGAUCUGCACAUCCAGCUUCACGAGCCUGGAGCAGAUGACGAAGGUUGAGGCGUUCUUCGCGGAGAGGAGCACCAAGGGCUUUGCUAUGGGAUUGGCGCAGAGCUUGGACUCUAUCCAUGCUAAGAGCAGCUGGUUGGAGAGGGAUCGCGAGGAUGUCGCGAAGUGGGUUAAGGAGAAUGGGUAUACCGCUCCUAUUGUGAAGAGCGAGCUUUAAAUUCGGGUAGAUCUUUGGGAUGCUCUAUAUGGGAGAGGAGUCUGGGAAGCGGCGUCAGGGUGAACUACUAUAAGGAAGGUCAUGUUUGGCAUAGAUGCGGUGGAUUUACCCAAGCCGUUUUAGCUGGUAUUUAUUAUAAUGGGAAUCUUCUCUCUGGUGAUCGGGUGG